AGCAUAACCCUUACCGUAUACUCAUAUGGGGAGAGAAUUGACUACGUACCCAGAGCAUGCAUCUGUGAAAACAAAAAUCCAUGGCUUAUUACAACAAUCCGGCAAAUUUACAAUAUUAUCAAGGGAGUUUUCCCGAAACAAAUUCUUAUACUGCACAGGCACGGUCUUCGGGGUUUUAUGAUGAACCAUUAAGUGAAUCUCUAAGUCAAGGCUGGCUAGCGGCAUUUUCGACGAGUGGAUACCCAGGAGAACCCUCAUUACUUGAGGAACUAGACAUUAAUUUCAGUCAUAUAAAACAAAAGACCACGCAUGUACUGAAUCCCUUUAAACAUGUUGAUGUUCAUAUUAUGGACGAUACAGAUAUGGCGGGCCCCGUCUUAUUCUGUCUUUUAUUCAGUACUUUCCUUUCCUUACAUGGUCGAUCCCAUUUUGGAUAUAUUUAUGGAAUAGCUCUACUUGGUUCACUUAGCUUGCAUCUCGUUUUACGUUUAAUGUCUGCGAAGAAUUUAUUUUAUACCCGUACCGUCAGCGUCUUGGGAUACUCUUUGCUCCCUUUGGUAGUAGUAGCCUUUUUCAAAAACUUGAUGUCUUUUAACAGAAUCUUGGGAUAUGCCUUUGCUGCUUUAGCAUCUAUGUGGUGCACAUAUGCUGCUAGUGCUAUGUUUGUUGCCAUUCUCCAAGUCAACAAUAUGCGCUUCCUUGUCGCCUAUCCCAUUGCUCUAUUUUACGCUGUAUUUGCUGUUAUUACUGUCUUUUCAAAAUAAUUGGAUUCCUUAGCAGUCAUUUUGUUAUCAUAUUUUAUUUAGCCCUUUGUUUCGCAAAAGACUGCCGUGUUUCCUACUUUGAAGAUGUGUGGUUUACCGAUCUUUCAUGAUAUCUAGUUUGUAAUGUGCUAUUCGAUUCUUAUGUCCUUUUUAUUCGUAUUUUUCUGCUAUCCACGUAUAGGCCCAUCUCUUGAACACUUAAAGACUUAAAAUUAUUGCAUGACAGAUACGUGACUUUUACAAUAUAUGAAUAUAUUCGGCAGGUAACUCUCUUAUCGAAAAAACAAGCUAUCUUUCAUGUAUAAUGCAAAGUCCACAGAAGGGUUAAAUGUUAACUAUGCUCAUUAAGACAUCAAAGAGGGGUCCAUAGUGAAUACAUCCCACUACCACACGUUUGUAUUUUAAAAAACAUCAAUUUUUAACCAAAGUAUCAAAAC